UAUCCUGGCUUCAACUUUCAGCAAUUGAAACUCUCGCUGAAUGAAGCAGGAAAAGAGAAACAUGCCUGGUCACAUUUAGUUCUAGGGAAGAGGCUUGACUGUGGAGUUGGACUACAGCUGUAACACAAAAACAAAAGUUAUUUUUAUGCGCGUUCUUGCAAAGAAAAUGUUAAAUUGUGCGAAUUAUCGCUACCUCCAGCCCUGUGAUGGUCGGCUGGUGGAAGCGGAGCGCCUCGGGCACGACACGGGACUGUGGCGCUACCCAGCGGAGAGGGGCGAUAUUGAAGCUGUGGAGGCGCUUAUGUCCAUGAGCAGCUGCUGGAAGGCCAGGAGCCAUGAUACAACCCAUGACCUCCGGCCCCUUACACCAGCCUCCGAUAUCUCUGAAGAAGGCCUGCUUGUGCCCGGCUCUGCAGAAUUUCAGGGGUCGCCCUUUUGUAUGACACCACCAUACAGCCCUCCAGAGUUUGAGUCUGUGAACCCCGUCCAGACUGCUGUAUGCCACAUGCCACAGCCAGAGGAAGAGCUGGGUCCAGCGCCUGCCACGCCACCAAGAUCCCACACCGCCAGCGUGAUCCGCCACACGGCUGAUUCCCUGCCCUGCACCUGCAGCGCGUGUCCUGCUGACGGGCUGGAUGGUGGCUCCUGCGGGAAGCGUUCGCCAGGUGUGGGUGGCAGUGCCGAGUGCCCGUCAGGUGUGCCAAUGGAUCGAGUCACCAGGGCGGACCCAGCGCCACCAUCCCCCUGCCUUUCAGGACUGCUCCCGGCAUUGACCCCAAUCACUGUGACUGCUCCUGCCACGGCUGGCCCUCCUGUUUGUUUGGCCCCUGUAGGGGCCUCUCCAGUGCCCAUCCUCAGCCAGGUGGUCUCUGUGCCCCGUGCCACCCGUCCUGUGGCCAUCAAGCCCGCCCCUGCCCCAGCGGGGAGCCAGCAGUCUGCAGUCUGUCAGCCUCUGGUGCUCAUGGGGGGUCAGGUCUCCAGUGGCCCUGUCAUGAUCCUCCUCCCCCAGCUGGUGGCGCCAAAGCAGCCCCUGGCGGGCACGACCCCCAUUAGCAUUAGCAGCAGGCUUCCCACCAUCGCCCCGGCACCAGGUUUCGUCCCCAUAGUGCAAAAGAGCAGCCCGCCAUCCAUCGAGUCCCGGGUCCGAAGCCACGUGUGCGCCCAUCCCAGCUGCGGGAAGACCUACUUCAAGAGCUCCCAUCUUAAGGCCCACACGAGAACUCACACAGGCGAGAAGCCUUUCCUCUGCAGCUGGGAGGGGUGCGAGAGGCGCUUUGCCCGCUCGGAUGAGCUGUCCCGCCACCGGCGCACCCACACAGGAGAGAAGCGCUUCGCCUGUCCCAUGUGCCAGAGCCGCUUCAUGCGUAGCGACCACCUGGCCAAGCACGCCCGCCGACACCUGACCGCCAAGAAAGUGCCCUACUGGCAGAUGGAGGUCAGCUUCCUCAAGGACUUCUCCACAGUGUGCCCACCCUUACCUUUUCCUUGAGGGUCCAGCUACAGUGCACCCUGCACCCUUUACCCUGAGGGUCCUACCAGACUGCACCCUGCACCCUUUACCCUGAGGGUCCUACCAGACUGCACCCUGCACCCUUUACCCUGAGGGUCCUACCAGACUGUACCCUGCACCCUUUACCCUGAGGGUCCUACCAGAAUGCACCCUGCACCCUUUACCCUGAGGGUUCAGACUGUGAUUUCCACCUGCAUACCCUGAACGGACUUGCAGAGAGCACCUUAGACAUGUGGCUCACUCGGAGAGGAUCAGUACAGGAGAUUGCACAUUAAUUCAAAUGUUUGGAUUAAUUCAUAGCUUUUCAGGGAGGGCUUUGAACCUGCAAAUUUUGUGGGGUUUUCUUUUUUUAUAAUUUCCGUUUACACAAAUGUCAUUGUGUCAGCAUUGUUUUGUCAUUUCUGUUUACACUACUUAAGACUACUGUUAUUGUGUCAGCAUUAUGUUUUAUACCAAAGUCAGGGCUGAUCCAGUUGUGAAAGCUGAUCAUAAUCAUAAUGUAUGUUUGUCUGUUUCCUGUCAGAAUUUUCUGAAGCACUGUUGCCAUAUUAAUGAGAUUGUGGUUGGUUCGGUCAAACGGCACCUGUUCAACUGCAGAGCUGGAGUCAGGUUGGCUUCAGGUAGAGCCUAAUCUUGCAUUGCAUCACCCACAAGCCUACACACCCAGAUGAGGCACAUGACAUUGCACUUGCCUGGACAGGUAUGUGUACUUAUGGGUGGUAUUUUGGAUCUAAAUAUUUCCUCCGAAAUAUAAUAAUUCAUGAGGAUUCCCCUUGACAUUACCAUCAGAGCUAGAACUGACUUUGUGCUUUUGUUUGGGUCAUCUUUCCUUCAUAAGCGAAAGCAAUGUGGUGUUAAAGCUCAAGGGUUUUCUUAAGUACAGUACAUUUCUUCAGUACAGAACUAGUCAGAACUAUUAUAGCAUAGCAGUGUAAUAAUUAAGGGGUUCAUCGCAAUUUAGUUUGAACUCUGCAAACUGCUUAAUGAGAGCCUGAGCACAAGUGAUUUGUCCUCUUAAAACAAACUGAUAAAGCUAUUUUAUUCACCUCAUUAAAGUUGUUAUUGUAUGUAAUGCAGAUGCAGUGUUAAAUACUUUUCUCUUCAACCAGCAGUUUUCUGUUUUUACAUUUAUUUUCGUUGUUGAGUUUGGUGAAGGGAAAAUUAGUUAUAUUACAUAUUGUCUGUGAACUGUGACCAAUAUCGAUUGUUUUCAUAUCUGUGGAAUCUUGAGGAAUUGUCACCCAAAUUAUUGUUAGUUUUUGCAGUUGCCUUUAGAUCAGAUUCCCUGAUAAAACUACUUAACUUAUUUCAUUGCAAUUUGUUAAGUGUUUUGAAAAACAGAACAAAGAAUUAAAACUGGUUUGACCAAAUCACAAUUGGGAAAAGUAUCAAAGGAUAGGUUAUAUCAUAACUGGAAUGUCAAAUGACAGAAUAGGCUUUUAUAUUGAUGAUUUUGCACAAUACUGAUUUGUUUAUUAAGAUAAUAAACAUAUUUUGUAAUAAA